CAUAAACACAAGUAAAAUAUUGACAUAAAUAUAAAAAAAAAAAAAAAAAGGCCAAAUAGUCUUCUUUUAAACACUCUUAAGUCUUAACGUGCUAUGCAGCUAACAUCCAAAACAAACGAGCGUGUUGCGUUCAGGUGCAACCCAAAAAAGCAUUUAAGUCCUGCUCGCCAACGCUCUUCCGCAUAAAUCCUAAACGUUUUUUUUUUUUAUUUCCAUCAAUGGCAAUGAAUGAGUUAUAACUGCGAACAGUGAGUAUGCAAAGCAGUUCCGACAAGUUCAAGCGACUUUCGUUAGGUGACAAGUCGCCAGACACAAGAGGAAGAUGCCAGAUGGACUCCUGGGGCCCCGGUGGGCGCAGAUGGGACGGUGGGUGUCAACCCACACAGGCAGCACAGUCUGCGGCGUGGAGAAGAGGAAAAGACGAGAAAGGAGAAUGCACUGGUGUGGUCACGUGAGGAGCGCAGGUGGUGCUGAUUGAUUGCCGAACCGGACCGCUUGCUAGUCCAAAAAAACAUGGGCGAGUUUGGUGUGGAAGAACUCGUCUAGAAGAUCCCAAAACCCUCAAGAAAUAUGAAUGCUUUCUGCUCAUUCUGGAGACCUCCUGCCUAGUCCUGGUGUUCAUUAAAAACUCCACCACUGCCAGCAGAGGACGUGGCUAGAGGGAACCUGCUGCUUACCGUGAAGGAACUCUUUGUUCUGAGGAACACCGUGUAUCUACGCCGUAAACAUGCUCCAGUUUCCUUUGGACUACUGUAAAGCAUUGUGAAAACAGCCAAGACUAAAGCAGGAGAACCAACAUGGGGCGAUAAUAAUUUUUAGAAUACCUAAAAGAAAGGAAAAAGAAGCCUUGUGAACCGACGAUGACUCCUUGGGAGGAUCCGUGAAGCCUAUUUAUUUUUUUAUUUAUUCCCCCCAACCCCCUCGCUUCCUUUUGUCUUUUUUUUUUGUGUGUGUUGCUUUUUGACUGUUUUUUAACGAGGUUGCGGGACACCUUGAUAGAAAUCGAGCACCAGCAUGAUGGACCAAGCCGGCAUCCUGAGAAAGUUUAUCCAGGACGUGAAAGACAUGACCGACGGGGACGACGACAGGGGAGAGGACAACUUCGGCAGCGACUUUAUGCGGCUGCGGCGGCUAUCCACAAAAUACCGCACGGAGAAGAUCUACCCGACCAACAUAGGCGAGCGAGAAGAAAAUGUCAAGAAGAACCGAUACAAGGACAUACUGCCGUUUGAUCACACUCGGGUGAAGCUGACAUUAAAAACAACCAAUCAGGAUACAGAUUACAUCAAUGCCAAUUUCAUCAAGGGCAUGGAUGGCCCAGAGGCCUAUAUAGCAACUCAGGGUCCUCUACCCAACACUGUGGUAGACUUCUGGAGGAUGAACUGGGAAUACAAUGUAGCUGUUAUUGUGAUGGCCUGUCGAGAGUUUGAGAUGGGAAGGAAAAAAUGCGAGCGGUAUUUCCCGCUGUUCGGGGAGCCCAUGAGUUUCGGGCCAUUCCGAAUCUCGUGUGAAUCUGAGCAGACCAGGACGGACUACUCUAUCCGUACACUUGUAGUGGAGUAUGAGAAUGAAACACGGAGGAUCACCCAGUUUCAUUACAUUAACUGGCCCGAUCAUGACGUCCCUUCGUCGUUUGAUUCCAUCCUGGACAUGAUCGGACUCAUGAGAGAAUACCAAGAAAAUGACGACGUCCCCAUAUGUGUGCAUUGCAGUGCUGGCUGUGGGAGGACAGGAGCCAUCUGUGCCAUUGAUUACACAUGGAAUCUUCUCAAAGCUGGGAAAAUCCCAGAAGAUUUCAACGUUUUCCAGUUGAUCCAAGAAAUGAGAACGCAGCGACACUCGGCUGUUCAGACUAAGGAGCAGUACGAGUUAGUCCACAGAGCGAUAGCGCAGCUCUUCCAGAAGCAACUGCAGCUACUGGAGAGCCCCACAAACGUGCAGAUCCACGAUGUCACGGACGAAAGCAGUCCGGACAAAGCAGGCCAUCAAUCAGAUGAUGAGCGAUGGGACACCCCGCCUCCUAAACCACCUCGUAUUCGCAGUACCCAGGUGGAAGGCGACGUCAAAGAGGAGAUACUUCAACCCCCCGAGCCUCACCCCGUGCCCCCUAUACUGACCCCGUCGCCCCCGUCGGCUUUCCCCACCGUCACAAACGUCCGUCAGGAUAAUGACCGCUACCAUCCCAAGCCUGUCAUACACGUCCUGGUCACCGCGCAGCAGAACGUCACUCAGAAUGAAGGCACCGAAAAACAGAAGAACCAGUCUGAAGAAAAUCCCAAAACGCACACCAGUCCAUCAGAAUCCAAAGACCAAAAUCUCUGUCAAAAGCAGCAGAUGUCCAAUCUGGAUCUCAACGAAAACUACAACAACAAACUAUCCGCAGCAACGGCGAAGUCCGAAAGCAUGACUCCUCCCAUGCCGAUAUCCCCCACGGCCGAUUGCUGCGUGGCGCCACGCAUCGAGAGGAAGUUAAGCAUCGAGAUUAAAAAGGUGCCUUUGCAGGAAGGACCUCGUAGUUUCGAGACGUCCUCCUCCGGGAGCGCGUCCGGCGGUUGUCCGGCCAAUAGCGGCAGCCCGCUGCAAAGAUGUCACGCCUUCAAGGCCCGCUCCGGACAGCCGCUACUCACGUCCAGCUCCUCGCUGUCCGAGGACUCCGGCACGGAGGGCGGAGUUGGCGGGGAGAACCAAGGAGACGGCGGCGUCCUCGCCAGACCCAACCACCUCCCCGUGAAGAGCGACUGCGGGGAAAGAGCGGCGCUAAAGGCCAGACACGCCAUACGGACGCAACACUGCGCCAGCCCUGACAAACCUUACCCAAAGACCUCCUCCUCUUCGUCGUCCUCCGAUCGAGUCGCCCCGUCCUCCUCGUCUUCCUCGCACCUCUCCUCCUCCUCGUCAUCCUCCUCCUCCACACCAGUUCGGACUGCGCUGAGCUUCACCAACCCGCUACACUCCGACAACUCCGACGAAGAAGGCGACGGGGAGAUGUCGUCGGGCAGGGAGGGUCAUCACACCAGCGUUUCCACGGCCACAGUCACUUCCCUUCACUUUGGAGAGAACCAGCUGAUACGGAAGGUGUCCCCUAUGUCCAUCGCGGGGCAGAGCUCCUCUUCACCCACUGCAGCCACAGCAAACAGCUGGGACAGCGAUGACUCCCCUCCCCCUCUCCCAGAGAGGACUCCCGAGUCCUUCAUACUGGCCACAGACCCUCUGGAUGUCAGGACGCCCGCCACAGCUGAGUGGAGCGGUUCACACAAAGAUUUUUCGACAUCUGACCCUCAAUCUUCUAGCACCACAGCAGCCAACAGCAAGGCAGAGCUGAGUGGUGUUCGAUAACAUUCCACCCAAAGACCCUCCACAACACCCCCUGGAGUGAACACGACAGAGCGCUCUAUCCACAACGCCGCCGCCCUUCGGAGAUAGACCAAAAACUCACUUGGGUGGUCCCAAACCGAAUUUAGGCGUUGCGUUUUUUACAAGCCAUCUCCUUACUUGUCAUCCUCUUCAGUUCCUUCUCCAACACAGGAGGAUAGAGGCUCAUCCAUUCAGAACAAGGAACGGCAUUGUCCUCCUCAGCUCGCUGAUGUUCCAAGACGCUGACAUGGGUUCCGUCUGCUUUUUCCCCCCGUUUAGUUCAAAGCAAAUAAGGACCACAAUCUUCUCUUGAGCAAAUGGAACUGUUAGAUGCUAGGUGGUGUCAUUCAACUACAUGAGCAACAAUCUUCAAGGCGAAGUGCGAUAAUCUUACCCAUAAUUCAACUUCAAUCUCCGUGUGCUGGUGCUAAAUGACUGAGGAUGAGCGUAGAAACUGAACACGACAGGAAUGAGUAGUGUAUGACUGCGACAUUUUAACUCAUUGACUGCGAUGGACAGGAAAGACGGGGUGAAAGUGACAUUUUAACUAGCGCACCAUGGUUUUAAUUACGGACUAUUUAUUUCCGUAACUACCACAACGGACCUGUAAAGCUUUGCGAAGAUACUCAUUUGGUAAAUAAGUCCACUUUCUGAAACUGCAGUACUGUAUAUGUGAUUGAACCUCAGACCAAUCUGACCAUGGUUCAAGCUUCACCACCACGUCCAUUAUUUAAAGCUGUCAAAACUGAGUUUGAAGACUCAGGUUCUCAGUGCUGGGACCAUGAGCCGGCCUUACCCGCCUCUCCGAGAAGACUGUCAACCACAAUCCUCAGCUUUUAUUUCACGUCCUUUCUAAUCACACUUGGGGUUUUAUUUGCGCUUAACUGUCCGGUUCUGUUUUUUCUUGGUACAUGUCACGGGGGGAGCCUACAAAUCCACUUAUAUGGGAGCAACCUGUUCAUAGACUUCAUGAUAUAUUCGCGGGGCCGUUUAAUAGGGGGCCUGCAAUGUUGGCGCUGCUGUCAAAGCUGAAUGAGUGGAAUCACAGACAGAUUUUUCCGUUGAAAAUUGUGAAUAAAUGCUUAAAUCCCUGAAUUUUUGACAGAUAUGGACGUAAAACAGUCUUGAUUCUUGGUUGAAAGCAAAAAAACGUGCAGUUAGCAUUUGUUUUGCGUAAAUAUUGUAAACUAUGAUGCUUGUCAGAACGCAAAUGUAGCGGCGAAAAUGGAAACAAAUAUCUUUUUCCGUUGAAAAUUCUUGUGAAUAAAUAGUUAAAAUUUGAAUUCUUUAUACACUGCUGGCCAAAAGUAUUGGCACCCCUGCAAUUGUAUCAGAUAAUGCUCAAUUUGUCCCAGAAAAUGAUUGCAAUCACAAAUGCUUUGGUAGUAAUGUCUUCAUUUAUUUUGCUUGCAAUGAAAAAACACAGAAGAUAAUGGGGGGGGGGGAAAUCAUUAUCAUUUCACACAAAACUCCAAAAAUGGUCCAGACAAAAGUAUUGGCACCCUUUGAAAAAUCAUGUGAUGCUUCUCUAAUUUGUGUAAAUAACAGCACCUGUUACUUACCUGUGGCACAUAACAGGUGUUGGCAAGAACUAAAUUCCACUUGCAGCCAGUAAAGAUGGAUUAAAGUUGACUCAACCUCUGUCCUGUGUCCUUGUGUGAGUACCACAUUGAGCAUGGAGAAAAGAAAGAAGACCAAAGAACUGUCUGAGGACUUGAGAAACAAAAUUGUGAGGAAGCAUGAGCAAUCUCAAGGCUACGAGUCCAUCUCCACAGACCUGAAUGUUCCUGUGUCUACCGUGCACAGUGUUGUCAAUAAGCGUAAAGCCCAUGGCACUGUGGCUAACCUCCCUAGAUGUGAACGGAAAAGAAAAAUUGAGAGAUUUCAACAAAAUACUGUGCAGAUGGUGGCUAAAGAACCUCGACUAACAUCCAAACAAGUUCAAGCUGUCCCGAAUGUAAAGGGACUCUAUGGUAGGAUACCCAGGAAGACCCCCACUUCUGACCCACAGACAUAAAAAAGCCAGGCUGGAGUUUGCCAAAAACGUUUUGGACAAAUGUUCUCUGGUCAGAUGAGACAAAAGUAGAGCUUUUUGGGAAAAGGCAUUAACAUAGUUUACAGGAAAAAAAAGCUUUCAAAUAAAAGAACACGGUCUCCUCAGUCAAACAUAGCGGAGGUUCCCUGAUGUUUUGGGGUUGCUUUGCUUCCUCUGGCGCUGGACUGCUUGACCGUGUGCAUGGCAUUACGAAGUCUGAAGACUACCAACAAAUUUUCAGUGUGAGAAAGCAGAGUCUCCCUCAGAAGUCAUGACCCAAAACACUUCAAAAAGCACUAGAAAAUGGUUUGAGAGAAAGCACUGGAAACUUCUAAAGUGGCCAGCAAUGAGUCCAGACAUGAGUCCCAUAGAACACCGUUGGAGAGAUCUGAAAAUAGCAGUUUGGAGAAGGCACCCUUCAAAUCUGAGACCUGGAGCAGUUGGCCAAAGAAGAAUGGUCUAAAAUUCCGGCAGAGCAUUGUAAGAAACUUAUUGAUGGAUACCGGAAGCAGUUGUUCGCAGUUAUUUUGUCUCAAGGUUGUGCUACCAAGUAUUAGGCUGAGGGUUCCAAUACUUUUGUCUGGCCCAUUUUUGUAGUUUUGUGUAAAAUGAUUUCAUUUUUCACAAUUUCAUUGCAAGCACAAUAAAUGAAGAUAUUCCUACCAAAACAUUUGUAAUUGCAAUCAUUUUCUGGGAGAAAUUAAGCAUUAUCUGACAGAAUUGCAGGGUUACCAAUACUUUUGGCCAGCAAUUUAGAUAUGGACGUAAAACAGUCUCGAUUCUUUGUUAAAAGCAAGAACACCCGGCAGUUAGCAUUUAUUUUACGUAAAUAUUGCUAACUAUGAUGCUAGUCAGUAAGCAAUUGUAGCGGCCAACUUGUGAACACAAAGAGCUUUUUCAGUUGAAAAUUCUUAUGAAUAAAUGCAUAAAUCCCUCAAUUCUUUAUAGAUAUUGACAUAAAUCAGUGUCCAUUCUUGGUUAAAAGGGAAAAAAACCAUGCAGUUAGCAUGUAUUUUAGGUAAAUAUUGCGAUAAAUGAUAAAUAAAAAAAAUGUGAACUAUGAUGCCAAUGCAGUAGCGACUAAUUUUUCCCAUUGAUUAUUUUCACGACGUCUCAAAAUGCAUGCAUGGUACGAAAACUAUCAUAAUUACCUUGAAGUUUCGAUCAAAUCACUCUUGAGACAAUCCUUCCUGUUUGUAUGCGGUACAGCUUUCGUACUUUUUCAACCUAAAUCUGGCGUUCAAUCGCUGCGUGUGGGUGCUUGAGAAUCACUCCUCUUGAUGCUGGGUGUGGGCAGGCCCCCUACUUGAAGGCGUCACAGUGUGCGGCGGAGUGACCCGUCAAUAUAAUUAUGAAGUCUAUGAACUGUUUUAUGUUGCACGUUUGAUACUUUUCAAAGUUGACCGACACCAGAGCGUACAAAGGAUCUCAAAUCCGCAGCAGGGCCGAGAACGAAAAGUUGUUUUUUCCAUGUGGCAAAAUGGAUUUUGCCAUGUGGCAUUUUUCUUGCCAUGUGACAAAAUUGAUUCUGCCAUGUGGCAUUUUUGUUUUUUUUGGCAUGUGGCAAAAUGGAUUUUGACAUGUGGCAAAAUGGAUUUUGGCAUGUGGCAUUUUUUUUGGAAAUGUGGCAAAAUGGAUUUUGCCGUGUGGCAUUUUUCUUGCCAUUUGACAAAAUUGAUUUUGCGAUGUGGCAUUUUUUUUGCCAUGUGGCAAAAUUGAUUUUUGCAAGUGGCAUUUUUUGGACAUGUGGCAAAAUAGAUUUUGCUAUGUGGCAUUUUUCUAGCCAUGUGACAAAAUUGAUUUUGCCAUGUGGCAUUUUUUUUGCCACUUGGCAAAAUGGAUUUUGGCAUGUGGCAUUUUUUUGGACAUGUGGCAAAAUGGAUUUUGCCAUGUGGCAUUUUUCCUUGCCAUUUGACAAAAUGGAUUUGCCAUGUGGCAUCAUUUGCUAGGUGGCAAAAUUGUUUUUGCCAUGUUGCAAAAUGGAUUUUGCCAUUUAACUUUUUUUUUGCCAUGUGGCAUUUUUUCUGCCAUGUGACAAAAUUGAUUUUGCCAUUUGGCUUUUUUUUGCCAAGUGGCAAAAUGUAUUUUGACGUGGCAUUUUUUUGGGUAUGUGGCAAAAGCACUUGUAAUGUAACGUGUAUGGUCAAAAAUCAUAACUACACAUUUCUCUGCCAUUCAAAAUGAAUAGGAAAUUUGGACGUGCACAGCCGUCAAUGGCAUAGCCGGACUUGGGUGCCCGUUGAAUGUCAAUGCGCUGUAAUGGUAAGUCUAUGGUCAAAAAUCACAGCCACACGUUUUUCCGGCCAUUUAAUAUGAAUGGAAAAUUUGGACGUGCAUAGAUGUCAAUGGCAUGGACACUCAUGGCCUGCAAAAAUGCCAUCUACCCCCAAAAAUGCUACAUGGCAAAAUCCAUUUUGCCACAUAGCAAAAAAAAAAAAAAAAAGCCACAUGGCAAAAAAAAAAAUGCCACAUGGCAAAAUCCAUUUUGCCACUUGGCAAAUACUACUUUUGGUUCUCGCUGUUUCUCCAAAUCUGACCGAGGACUAACUUCUAUGACAGUUUAUAGUUUUGACUUCCUUUCCGUUCAAACAGAAGAUCUAAGAAAGCUCAUAAAAAAUAUUUCAGGGUUGUAUUUUAAUUUCAUGCUUAAAGAUUAUUUUAUUUCAUAUAGCUGCCACAAAUGGGCUCGGAAUAAGACUGUAAUAAUAAUAAUGCUAAUAUUGCUUUUUUUUUUGUAAAUGGUUUGAAAUGUUAUUUUUGUACGUGCCGUUUCUCGUUUACGUUCACGUCACUCCUCAUUGCUUUCUUACCUCUCGUUCAUUGUAUUUAUCGUUUCCUCGACCAACAGUAUGCACACUGUCCUCGAUCUCAGAAUGAGCCCACCUGUGCCUUUAAGAGACAGCCUUGCCCCCCCCCCGUCACCAUCCACUUAUUUUAGUAGCGCCGAUAUUUGCUGCUAGUGCUCUUUUUGCCCGUUUACCCCCAUUGUAACUCACUUUGUUGUCCUACAAAAAAAAGAAAAAAACAACACAAUGUUUCUAUGUUGCAGAAAUCAAUCAGUAAAAUGAACAUUAUAUAAAAACAUGCCUCAUUUGAUGUUGAUUUUGGGCUGUGAUAUCACAUUUCUGGUCAAACCUUUUGACUUUUAUACAGGAAUAGACAUUUUAAAUAGAGUACAGUGGCAAAACUCCAGUCAAGCACUUUUAAGAGUUGUUGGAUGCCUUCCAUUUGUUUUGCUCAUGUAAACUGAUAAUGUCAUGACUUGCUGGAAAUGUCUGCAUGUGUCAGAUGUCUUCACCACCUACACACACACACGAUAAUAGCUAGCAUUAAUUAAUCACUGCAGGUUGUUUGGAAUUCAUGCUGUCUUUCGCGACACUUGACAAUGUCAUAUUUGUUGACAAGGCACAGCAGAUGGGCAAACACAGCAAUUGCUGCUGCUAGCAUAAAAUUAGUGCUAACAAUGCAGCCAUGUUGGUGUAGUCGGAGCAAUUUCAACUGGAUGUGACCUGAAAAUGCCUCAAAAUCAACAGGAAGUGACCGGCUAGAGUCUACCAAUCAGGUGAGCGAAGCAUCCUCAAGCAGUUUCUCCCCAGUGCUUAAACUUAUUUGUAAUGUAAAUCAAGCAAGGUUGUUCUGAUUACUUGGUCACCUCAUUUUCACAUGUUAUGCAAUAUCAUGAAUACAGUGGUAUUAAAAAGUAUCUGAACCUUUUGGAAUUUCUCACAUUUCUGCAUAAAAUCACCAUCAAAUGCCAUCUUUGUCAAAAUCACACAGAUGAAAAAACAGUGCUUUAACUAAAACAACCCAAAUAUUUAUAGGAUUUCAUAUUUUAAUGAGGAUAGUUUGCAAACAUUGACAGAAGGGGGGAAAUAUAUAAGUGAACCAUCACAUUUAAUGUUUUGUGUCCCCCCUUUGGGAGCAAUACCUUCCUGUAGCUGCAGAUCAGUCUGGCACAUCAAUCAGGACUAAUCUGGACCCAUUCUUCUCUUGAAAACUGCUGUAUUUCAGUCAGAUUCCUAGGAUGUCUGGCAUGAAUCGCUGUUUUAAGGUUAUGCCACAGCAUCGAAAUUGGGUUCAAGUCUGGACUUUGACUUGGCCAAUUUUGUUCUUCUGAAACCAUUCUGAAGUUGAGUUACUUCUGUGUUUUGGAUCAUUGUCUUGUUGCAGCAUCCAUCCUCUUUUUAGCUUCAACUGUCUGACAGACGGCCUCGGGUUUUCCUGCAAAACAUCCUGACAAACUUUUGAAUUCAUUUGUUGUCCAAGUUGUCCAGGCCCUUAGUUAGCAAAACAGCCCCAAAUCAUGAUGCUCCCUCCACCAUGCUUGACGGUGGGGAUCAGGUGUUGAAUUUGGUGAGCUGUUCCAUUUUUCCUCCACACGUGACGUUGUGUAUUACUCCCAAACAAUUCAACUUUGGUUUCACCAGUCCACAAACUAUUUUGCCACAACUUCUGUGGAGUGUCCAGGUGCCUUUUUGCGAACAUUACACGAGAAAAAAAUGUUGUUUUUUGGGUUUUUUUGAGACAGCAGUGGCUUCCUCCGUGGAGUCCUCCCAUGAACACUACUUGGCCAUAGUUUUACAUGUAGUUGAUGUGUGCACAGAGAUAAUGGACUGUGCCAGUGAUUUCUGUAAGUCUUCAGCAGACACUCUAGGGUUCUUUUUUUUACCUCUCUGAGUAUUCUGCGCUGAACUUUGGAGUCAUCUUUGGUGGACAACAACAUUUUCAACAAUCGUUCUCAUCAAGAAAAUUCUUAAGUGUGCGUUUUUAUGUAGGGCAGGGCAGCUUUAAACCACCCAUCAGUGAUUGGGCACACACCUGCCUUAAUUGUUUGGUAAAAAUUGGUUUCAGUUGCUCUUUAAGUCUCCGUAGGCAGGGGGUUCACUUAGUUAUUUCGCCCCCUUCUGUCAUUGUUUGCAUGGUAUCCCCAUUAAAAUAUGAAAACCUAUAAAUGUUAGGGUGGUUUUAGUGAAAGCAGACACUGUAUUUUUCAUCUGUGUGAUUUUGACAAAGAUCAGAUCACAUUUCGUGAUUUUAUGCUGAAAUGUGAGAAAUUCCAAAAGGUUCAGAUACUAACCCUAUGCGUGUAUACAGAGUUUAGACCAGGGGUAGGCAACCCAAAAUGUUGAAAGAGCCAUAUUGUAGCAAAAAAAAAAAAAAACAUAGAUCUCUGGAGCCGCAAAAAACAGAAAGCCUUAUAAUGAAGGCAACACAUGCUGUAUGUACAUAUCUUUGCUAUAUUAGCCCAAGUUGGCUACAAAUACAUAAUGAGCCUUCAUGAUUACCGUAUAUAAGGCGCACCUGAAAGCCUUUAAUUUUCUCAAAAGUUGCUAGUGCGCCUUAUAAUCCGAUAUGCCUUAUAUAUGGAUUAAUAUUGGUUAAUAAUGGCAUGACAUUCCAUUGAGCUCAGCUUCAUGUUGUGGAUGCAUAACAUAACAUAACACAACCCAAACCAGUACUACUAAGACUACUACUACUGUGCCUUAUUAUGCAGUGCGCCCUAUACAUGAAAAUUUCUCUAAUAGGCAAUCCAUUGAAGGUGCGCCUGAUACUCAUAUAUGGUCAACAUGUAUUUUCCUUGCAGUACAUCCUAUCCAAAAUGAUGUGACUAUACUAUUGUACAAUGCCGCCCAAUGUUUUUCAUUCCAAUAUUAAUGAAUUAGAAGAAUGUUAGUGUCAUGUUCGUCCUCCUACAGAAACCGUAUAAAACUAAAAGUAUAUUUCCCUCAGACGCAGAGUUUAAGGGGGGCAUGGCCCUCCCUGGUGGCUGAAAAGUGUCAUCGCAUGUAAUUGACUUUCCCAUAUAUGAUUUUAAAAUUAAGAGUUUUCCGGUAAAAUUGUCAAUAAAAGUUGUAAACUAAUAAAACAAGCAACAAAAAUGAAUGAAAUGAACAAAAAUUAUAAUGGGUCAAAAUUAUUUUUCGAACAGAUCAUGUGACUAUCACCUUAGACGGUCAUUUUGCUUUGGUUAGCUAAAACCACCUGUGGACCAAAGAAGCAAGAUGGAAAUAGGUAAUUUUUUCAAACCUAAGCUUUCAGAAGCGACAACAACUACUGAGCCAGAACCAAGGAUUGAAAAUGCGGACCAUGAAACGCCGGAGAGCACUGCCAAAAUGGUGAGCGGAGUUUCAAUAUGCCCCACUGAAGACGCUAAUUCAUAGACUUCAUAAUGUAUUGACGGCGCGCUGGGCCGAUAAAUAGGGGGCCUGCAUUGUUGGCGAGGCCGUCAAAGCUGACAGAGUGGAAUCGCAGACAAAGAGCUUUUUUGUUGGAAAAUUCUUGUGAAUAAAUGCUUAAAUCCCCGAAUUCUUCACAGAUAUGGACGUAAAACAGUCUCGAUUCUUGGUUAAAAAAAAAAAAACGUGCAGUUAGCGUUUAUUUUAUGCAAAUAUGUCGAAGUACAAUGCUAGUCUGUUAGUGAAUAUAGUGAGCGGCCGCUUUAUUUAAACGAGCUUUUCCGGAAAAAUUCUUGUGAAUGAAUGCUUUAAUCCCCGAAUUCUUGAUAGAUAUGGACGUAAAACAGUCUCGAUUCUUGGUUAAAAGCAAAGAAAACGUGCAGUUAGCGUUACGUAAAAAUGUCGAAGAACAAUGCUAGUAUGUUGGUGAAUGUAGGUAGCGGCCGCCUGAUGUAAACAGCUUUUCCGGUGAAAUUUUUUGUGAAUAAAUGCUUAAAUCCCUGAAUUCUUUAUAUAUAUGAAUGUGAAACAGUCUUGAUUCUUGGUUAAAAGCAACAAAAAAAACAACAAAAAAAACAUGCAGUUAGCGUUUAUUUUACUUAAAUAUGUCGAAGCACAAUGCUAGUCUGUUAGUAAAUGUAGCUUGCGGCCGCCUGAUGUAAACAGAGCUUUUCUGGUGAAAAUUCUUCUGAAUAAAUGCUGAAAUCCCCGAAUUCAUUAUAGAUAUGGACGUAAAACAGUCUUGAUUCUUGGUUAAAAGCAAAAAAAAAAAAAAAUGUGCAGUUAGCGUUUAUUUUACGUAAACAUGUCGGUGUACAAUGCUAGUCUGUUAGUGAAUGUAGCUAGCAGCCACUUUAUUUAAACAGAGCUUUUCCGGUAAAAAUUCUUGUGAAUAAAUGCUUAAAUCACCGAAUUCUUAAUACGGUAGAUAUGGACGUAAAACAGUCUUGAUUCUUGGUUAAAAGCAAAUACAAAAAAACGUGCAGUUAGCGUUUAUUUUACGUUAAUAUGUCGAAGUACAAGGCUAGUCUGUUAGUGAAUGUAGCUAGCGGCCGCUUUAUUUAAACUGAGCUUUUCUGGAAAAAUUAUUUUGAAUAAAUGCUUAAAUCCCCAAAUUCUUUAUAGAUAUGGACAUAAAACAAUCUCAGUUCUUGGUUAAAAGCAGCGUUUAUUUAAGUAUGUCGAAGUACAAUGCUAGUUUGUUAGCAUUUUCAACUUACUAUCAUAAAUAUUCUUGUUAAUUUUAUUGUUGAUACUGCGUUUCUGGGUCAUCAACAUGUUGUGCCCCCCCUGCCCAAAAGUCAAACUAUGGUUUCCCUCCCCCAUCUUUUUCCAUUUUCAGACAGCCACUAGGGCAGCACUAAAGGGGCCGCAUGCGGCUCUAGAGCCUCAGGUUGCUGACCCCCAGUUUAGACAAUGCUUAAAUGUAUUUUAUUUCCACAGUUGAAUUUUGACUUCACAACAACUGCAAUUUGCAGUUCAAUUUAUACUAUUAUCCCAUCACAACACAUAUUUCCUUGUUCCUCCGCUAAUCGUCUCGCUUGGCUGCCUUACACUGAUAUAACAGGUCUUUAAUCCAAUGAAUCAAAGUGUACACAAGGCCCGGACGGUUCAUGAGACGGUCUAUAAUGAUGUGUUUUCUGUGUGUGAAAGGGAGAUAAGAUAAUCCUCUUGGGGAGAUUUGAUCAAAGAGGCAAACAGAUCCCUUGGAUGGUUCAGACUCACCAUCAACGCCUUCUCAAGAGGUUGUUUGGGCCAGUUGAUGGUGAAAUAAUUAGUAAAUAUUUUUCAUACAGUGGUGUUUAUGUAAAAUCUAUGUAAUUACGAGUCAUGGAUAUAGGGUACUUGUAUUUUAAGUUUUUUUUCCUGCUAAUAUCAAUUGAAAUUGUCAGUUUUGGCCGUCUCAGGUAACAUGCAGAGGUGGAUAGAAUCAGAGACUUCAUAAUGUAUAGACGGGACACGGGGCCAAUCAAUAGGGGGGCCUAUCUCCUUCAAAGCUGACCGAGUGGAAACAGAGAUUUUUCCGUUGAAAAUUCAUAGGAAUGAAUGCUUAAAUCUCUGAAUUCUUUAUAGAUAUAGACGUAAAACAGUCUCGAUUCUUGGUUAAAAGCAAAAAACUGGCAGUUAGCAUUUAUUUUUAGUAAAUAUGUUGAAGAAUGAUGCUAGUCCGUCUGUCAGUCUGGCGGCGCCAUAUGUAAACAGUGUUUAUCCGGUAAAAAGUCUUGAGAAUAAAUGCUUAAAUCCCCCAAUUUUUUAUAGAUAUGAACGUAAAACAGUCUCGAUUCUUGGUUAAAAGCAUAAAAAUACGUGCAGUUAGCACUUAUUGUACGUAAAUAUGUCGAAGUACAAUGCUAGUCUGUUAGUGAAUGUAGCUAAAUGUAGCUAGCGACCGCCUGAUGUAAACAGUGCUUUUCCGGGAGAAAAUUCAUGUGAAUAAAUGCUUAAAUCCCCGAAUUCUUCGUAGAUAUGGACGUAAAACAGUCUUGAUUCUUGGUUAAAAGCAAAAAAAACAAAAAACGGACAGUUAGCAUUUAUUUUACGUAAAUAUGUUGAAGUACGAUGCUAGUCUGUUAGUCAAUGUGGCGGCCGCCAUAUGUAAACAGAGCUUUUCUUAUGAAAGUACUUGUGAAUAAAUGCUUAAAUCCCCAAAUUCUUUAUAGAUAUGGACGUAAAACAGUCUCAAUUCUUGGUUAAAAGCAAAAAAAAAAAAAAAAGGGCAGUUAGCAAUUAUUUUACGUAAAUAUGUUGAAUGUGGUGCUACUCUUUAAUAAGUCACUGUGGUGCCACCUUAUCACCACAAAGAGGUUUUUACGUUGAAAUUCUUGUGAAUGAAUGCGUAAAUCCCUGAAUUUAUAGAUAUGAACGUAAAACAGUCUCUGUUCUUGGUUAAAAGCAAAACAAAAAAACAAAAACAGGCAGUUAACAUUUUAUGUAAAUAUGUCGAAUGCUGCUAGUCUAUAAGCUGUCAUAUCACCACAAAGAGCUUUUUACGUGGAAAUUCAAUUAAAUAAAUGCUUAAAUCCCUGAAUUCUUUAUCGAUAUGGACGUAAAACGGUCUCGAUUCUUGGUCAAAAGCAAAAAAGUUAGCAUUUUCAUAAAUAUAGCCAAGUACAACCCAUUGAUUUUUUUUCACAUUUCAAAGUGCAUGCAUGGUACGAAAAAUAUAAUAAUUCCCUUGAAUCCUCGAACAAAUCACUCCUGAGACAAUCCUUCCUGUUUGUAUGCGGUACAGUUUUCGUACUUUUUCAACCUAAAUCCAGCGUUGGGUCGCUGCAUGUGUUUGAGAAGAACUAAGACCGACUGCGAAUAACUGAAGCGGAGUGAGGGACAGCACCCGACGAAAAGGCGUGCCUGAUUUCUGGGGGAUUUUAUGGGUGAAACAUGGUAAUAUAACAAGGGUCGCAAUGCAGAAAUCGCAGACAUUAAGUAUUGGUUGAGAUUUUCAUGUAUUUAUCCUUUCAAACUUUUUUUUUUUCUAUUUUGAUGGAUUUUUCAUCAUCUAACUUAUUGGAGAAAAUGUGACAGUAACAAAAAAAAUACAAUGAAGCGAUAGUUAUGCGGUAGACAUUGUGACGUAAUUUGUUUUAAAGUUUAAAAUAAUGCGAGUGAAAAAUUGUUUAAAGUCGUUUUUAAAAAAAAUUUUAAGCUAAAUAUUAGACAUCAAUUAAUGAUUCCAAGCUAAAAAUCACAGAUAUUUCAAAUAAUAAAUAUGAUUACUUACCUUUUUAUGGCUGGGUUGAAACAAAAGCGGUUGCGCGACGUCUGUAAAGAGCAGAAGAGCAGAAACUGAUUUUUCAGCCUUGUCUGUUUUCCGCUAUAUAUAC